CUGGGCUUCUGAAAGGCUGGCUAAGAGGCUCGGGGCCGAGCUCUCCGGGUCUGAGUCUCCACGCGUGGCUCGGAGCCUUCAUGAGGCGUGGCGGGAGCCAGAGGGAGAUCACAUUUUUGGAGUACUGUACCCAUCCUUAAGGAAAGCCCAGAAAGAGAUCAUGGCUCCAGAGCAAAGGGAAGGGAAGUCUCAGGCGUCAGUGACGUUCGAGGAUGUGGCCGUGCUCUUUACUCGGGAUGAGUGGAAGAAGCUGGACCACUCUCAGAGAAGCCUGUACCGGGAGGUGAUGCUGGAGAACUACAGCAACCUGGCCUCCCUGGGAUUUCCAUUUACCAAACCAAAAAUGAUCUCCGUGUUGCAGCAAGGAGAAGAACCCUGGAAAGUAGAGAAAGAAAGUCAUGGCGACUCCUCUCUUGGAUGCAACAGCAUUCUUCAAACCACAAAAUCAACUCAAACUAAAGAUUCAUCAUUUCAGGGAUUAAUGAAGAAACAACUCAAAAGAGACAAGUCCUGGGACUUCACUUCAGGAAAUUUCUGCAGAUCUGGCAACGGUUUUAAAAAGCAGGACAAAAAUGAAAGCUUACAAAUAAUUCCAGUCACCCAUACGAAAAUCCUUACUGUAGAUAAAAGCCAUAAGAAUUUUGAAUUUGGUCCAAACAUCGACCUGAAGUCAGUUGGUAAACGAAAGAUCGCUAGGGAAAAAACACAAAGAAAUAGCCUCAAGAAAAAUUCAAAUUCACUUAAUCAACCAAAAAUCAAGACUGCAGAGAAACGCUAUAAAUGUAGUACUUGUGAAAAAGCCUUCAUGCACAACUCAUCCCUUCGGAAACAUCUGAAAAACCAUACGGGAGAGAGAUUAUUUCAGUGUAGAGAUUGUUUGAAAGCUUUCAGCCAAAGUUCUGCUCUUAUUCAACAUCAAAGGACUCACACUGGAGAGAAACCCUACAUAUGUAAAGAGUGUGGGAAAGCCUUCAGCCAUAGUGCGUCCCUUUGUAAGCACCUAAGAACUCAUACUCUGGAGAAGUCUUACACAUGCAAAGAAUGCGGAAAAUCUUUUAGCAGGAGGUCUGGCCUUUUUCUGCAUCAAAAAAUCCAUGCCCGAGAAAAUCCUCAUAAAUAUAACCCAGGUAGGAAGGUAUCCACUUCCCUUUCAGGAUAUCAGAAAAUCCAUUCCAGAAAGAAGACCUACUUGUGUAACGAGUGUGGCAACACCUUUAAGUCUAGCUCAUCCCUUCGCUAUCAUCAGAGAAUCCACACCGGAGAGAAACCUUUCAAAUGUAGCGAAUGUGGCAGAGCCUUCAGUCAGAGCGCUUCACUUAUUCAACAUGAAAGAAUUCACACUGGAGAAAGGCCCUACAGGUGUAAUGAAUGCGGAAAAGGCUUCACUUCUAUCUCAAGACUCAACAGACACCGAAUAAUUCACACUGGGGAGAAAUUGUAUAAUUGUAAUGAAUGUGGCAAGGCCUUAAGUUCCCAUUCAACUCUUAUUAUUCAUGAGAGAAUUCACACUGGAGAGAAACCAUGUAAAUGUAAAGUCUGUGGGAAAGCCUUCAGACAGAGUUCAGCUCUCAUCCAGCAUCAGAGAAUGCACACUGGAGAGAGACCUUAUAAAUGUAAUGAGUGUGGGAAGACAUUCAGGUGCAAUUCAUCCCUCAGUAACCAUCAGCGAAUUCAUACUGGGGAGAAGCCGUACCGAUGCCAGGAAUGUGGGAUGUCAUUUGGUCAAAGUGCAGCUCUUAUUCAGCACCAGAGAAUUCACACAGGAGAGAAGCCCUUUAAGUGUAAUACAUGUGGGAAGAGUUUUAGACAGAGCUCCUCCCUUAUUGCACACCAGCGAAUCCACACUGGAGAGAAGCCCUAUGAAUGCAGUGCAUGUGGGAAGCUCUUCAGCCAGAGAUCCUCCCUUACCAAUCACUACAAAAUUCAUAUUGAAGAGGACUCCUUGAACACAGAUUUGCAUGAGUAAAAGCAAUUAACCAAAGUUCUUCAGAAUAUAUACUUCAUAUUGGCUUAAUAAAUAUAAUGAAUAUGAGGAAACUUUCAAUUUAGUCCUAGGAGAUUAAAAUUACAAGGAUAAACCUUGGCUAUAUAAUAAUUGAGAAAGUUUUCCUACCUUCCAGUCACCUUUUAAGAACAGAUACUUUAAAGUUACAAACAUUAGCACUGACCUUUUCUAAGGUAAAAGGAACACUCUUAUUUUGUCCAUAUAAUAUAUAAUAUGUGCAAUAUAUAAACCCUAGAAAAAUCUGAGUUUAGGAGUGCUGUGUUGCUGUUAUUAGCAAAAGAAGUAUCAGCUAUGAGCAUAUUUACUACAACUAAUAUUUUAAUAGGGAAUAACUAAAAUACAUGCAUUUUUAAAGCAAGGGACCAAUCUUAAAAAAAAAACUACCUCACAAUGUCUGAAAUUUUCCUUUUCCUAUGUUAUUGUCAAACUGCAUGAUUUUUAUUAAAGAGA